CGCUUCCGGAGCAGUAUGGCGGCUACGGAGGACGAGCAGUCGGCAGGGGUCUGUGAGGGCGAACGGUUGGAUUUCCUGCGGGACCGGCAUGUACGGUUCUUUCAACGCUGCCUCCAGGUCUUACCGGAGCGCUAUUCUUCUCUGGAGACAAGCAGGUUGACAAUAGCAUUUUUUGCACUCUCCGGGCUGGAUAUGUUGGAUUCCUUAGAAGUAGUGAACAAAGAUAAUAUCAUAGAAUGGAUUUACUCCCUGCAGGUCCUUCCCACAGAAGACAGAUCAAAUUUAAAUCGCUGUGGUUUCCGAGGUUCUUCAUACUUGGGUAUUCCAUUCAAUCCAUCAAAGAAUCCUGGGACAGCUCAUCCUUAUGAUAGUGGCCACAUAGCAAUGACCUACACUGGCCUGUCAUGCUUAGUUAUUCUUGGAGAUGACUUAAGCAGAGUAAAUAAAGAAGCUUGUUUAGCAGGCUUAAGAGCUCUUCAGCUAGAAGAUGGAAGUUUUUGUGCUGUACCUGAAGGAAGUGAAAAUGACAUGCGAUUUGUGUACUGUGCUUCCUGUAUUUGCUAUAUGCUCAACAACUGGUCAGGCAUGGAUAUGAAAAAAGCCAUUGACUAUAUUAGAAGAAGUAUGUCCUAUGACAAUGGACUGGCCCAGGGAGCUGGACUUGAAUCUCAUGGAGGAUCAACUUUUUGUGGCAUUGCAUCACUGUGUCUGAUGGGUAAACUAGAAGAAGUUUUUUCUGAAAAAGAAUUGAACAGGAUAAAGAGAUGGUGUAUAAUGAGGCAACAAAAUGGUUAUCACGGAAGACCUAAUAAGCCUGUAGACACCUGUUAUUCUUUUUGGGUAGGAGCAACUUUAAAGCUUCUGAAAAUUUUCCAAUACACGAACUUUGAAAAAAAUAGAAAUUAUAUCUUAUCAACUCAAGAUCGCCUAGUAGGGGGAUUUGCCAAGUGGCCGGAUAGUCAUCCAGAUGCUUUACAUGCAUACUUUGGGAUUUGUGGCCUGUCACUAAUGGAGGAAAGUGGAAUUUGUAAAGUACAUCCUGCCCUGAAUGUAAGCACACGGACUUCUGAACGUCUUCGAGCUCUCCACCAGAGUUGGAAAACCAAGGACUCUAUGCACUGUUCAGAGAACAUACACAUCUCCACAUGAAUGGCGUUAGAUUGGGACAGUAGGGGUGGGGGGAGGUUUGUAGCAUAAUAGUAGCCCAAGGGUAAAAGCCAUGUAUAACCAAGUGUGCACUUUUUUAAAGAGGUGGAGUCAUACAAUCAACUCUCACGCUGAUGUCACUUUGGGAUAUGGUCUUAAGCCAAUAACUUUUGUACUGUGUUUCAAGGAAAUCUUUGUUGAAGUCUGAACCACAGUGGACUCUAUCAUAGUUCUUAAAUGUUUAUACUGUAUUUCUAAGAAGUUCUUUGAGGCAGAUUAACUGUAUGUGUGUAGUUACCUAUAAAAAAAAAACAAAAAAACAGUUCAGUACAAAUUGUAUCAUGAAAUGGACACAAAUCUUCAAAACAGUUUACAUUUCAUAUAGCAUUGAUAAUCUUCCGGUGAACACUUAGUGAUUAUUUUUAAAGUUUGAUUAUGAACAGUAGAAAAUGGCUUGAAGAAUUAUCUGGGAUUAGUCUUUGAAAAUAGAUAAUUCCAUAAUUUUUUAAAAGAAUGACUUAUUUUGUCUUAUUCUAAAGUAGAGUGUGCCUAUUUAAAUGGAAUUAGUGACUUCACAGUAAGAAUCAAUGACAGGCUUAACUAAUACAAUAGUUUUCUAGGGAAAGAUUGUUUUAACAAGAUUCUAUUAUGUAUUAAAGUCACUGUAACUGAGAGAACAGUAGUUAGCUCUAUGUGAUUGUGAAAAGAAAAGCUCUGUGCCAUG